AUGGAAGAGUUUUGUUUGCUGCUGAAUGACGACGAGAUUGUUGCUGCUGAGGCUCCUGGAGUCCAGAAUGAUCAACCUGAAGUGCAACCUACUCCUAUAGCCAUUCACACUUCACCAGUUGAGCUCGCACAACAAGCUCGAUCGGCAGCUCGAUCGAGUCGAACUCUAGCUCGAUCGAGUCAGAACAUUAAUCCUCAACCGAUUUUACUUGAUCCUUACCAGCCAGUUGAUCCAUCCUCAGGUCGCCUACUCAGUCAAGGCCAUAAGGAAGUGAUUCACAAGUUCAGAAGAGACCUUAGUGAGAUUGGAGUUGAGUUGCCUUCUAUGGAAAGUAUGAGUGAGGCAUUUGAACAAAUGAAUUGA